AUGGAGAACAAAAUGGAAGAUCUCUUCAAUCUAGAGUUUGAAAUCGUAGAUAUGUCCAUGUCCAUCGACACAAUGAAGACUGAUGAUCACGGCAGCAAUGCAGAAAUACCAUGUGUUCAGAGUUCUCCAGAGCAUGAUUUUGAGUUCCUAGAAGGCAGGCUCCACAGCAUCAGAGAAGCCAUUGCAAAUGCUGAGCUACUUCUGGACAACAGCCUCUUCUGUGGCACACCGUCAAGUCUAUCACUCCAUUCAUUCAUCGUUGAGAUGCUGGAGACCGUUGAGGCCGUCUUUGGCGAUGGAUCAGAGAGCAGCUUCAGCUUCCAGGAAGAAAACAACUUUCAACGCACCAACUUCCUGUUCGACUGCAUCGUCGAGUCGCUGGACUCGAAGUUCCGCGACUUCGAGAAAUGCGGGUACAAGGCUUUGUUGCGAAUGCCUCUCACCAUGAGCAAAGACCUGCUGAAGAGGGAAAUAUCCGAAGAGAUCGGUAGCUGGAGCGAUGUUUCAUCGGACCGUGCUGCGGAGAAGGAGCUGGACCAGGUGGCGGCGGCGAGGUGUGAUGGGUGCCGGACCGAGGCGUUCGCCAUCAAGGACGACGUACUCGAGGCCCUCGUCGGUGAGUUUGCCUUCGACCAAUGCUGCUGA